AAGCUGACUGACAGAUGGCUAGAGCGACUGAAAUACAAACCGAUCACACAGACAGGUUGACAGUUUAGACGGACAAACCAGACCAACUGGCAAAAAAAACUCAACCUGACUCCUUCGCUUACAAGUCAUGUUUGCCAUUGCAGCUCACAGACACUCACUUAUUUCAGGUUUGGCCUACAUACAGCAUGUGAGGUGAAAAGUUUAACAUUUCCAUUUCCCACUGAAGGUAUUUUUAUUGGACUUCUUGGAAAGGCUCAAGGAAGGGGAAUACUUAAUAACUUGAUAUUUAAUAUGGGAGGAAGGUGUGACCUAAAUAAGUAAUGACUCUACUUAAAAGCAUAAUUAAAGUUAAUAAAUAUGAUUUUAAAUGAACAGUAUAUUAACAUUUGGAUAUGUAACCACACAGUUUUGCUUUGUUAAGCUCAAUCUCCUUUUAUGCUCAAUACACCUUCCUUGUAUGUUGUAUUUACUCUCAUGGUGUUGUUUGCAAACAGUCCAGCAACCUUUUAAGUCCUCACACCCAUCUUUGGUCUGGUGAGGUAGGCAGCCGCCAGCCACUGAUCCUCCACCACCUUGUAAAAGAGAACUGUUCAGGGAAAUGUUUCUGCCGUUUCAAUUAGGCUUUACUUUAAAUAGCCCAGGUUUCUGGUGAUCCUGGUUGUGACCUUUGGCUUCUCCACAGGGCUUAUCACCCAGGGAUGUUAAAGCUGGACCCUUGAAAUUGAAUCAUGCAUCAGCAGCAUCGUGUAUUUUUAAAUACGUAAUUCACGCUACUGCAGAAAAUAUACUUUCACAGAAUUAUAAACCUGAAAUGAUUAAUUGAUGAUGAAUGUCUAAAAUAUAUAAAUCAUAUUGAUGGCGCACAAUGACGUUUGAAUAUGUUGAUAGUGUUCCAGUGAUAGAGGAAUCAGUACCUGGAAACUUGUUUAAAAACAACCAGGGUUGACCAAAGUGCUUUACAAAGUCCAAGACAUAACAACAAGGUAUAAACAUAAAAACAAUAAAAACAUAUGCUCAAUGGUGGGGGCAGAUUUAAUUUCAGUGGGUAAAUCAUUCCGUAGUUUGGGGGCAGCUACAGAAAAGACUUGGUCGCCCCCGGUUUUUAGUCUAAAAGCAACCUGUUUUUAGAUCUCAGUGCUUGGGGUGGGGUGUAAAGAUAAGGGAGUUCAUCACAUUGUUAUUCCAUGACAGUAAAUUUUAAUGUCCUGGCUAGUGUUUGGUAGAAAGAGCACCACCAUGCACUAAAUCAGCUGGAAGUAGCUUUGUUAGUUUGUGUGAAAGUCACUGAAACCUGAUUCUGACCUUAUCACAUAUUUUCAUCCAUUAUUUGCUCUGUCAAUUUAAUAAGUAAUAGAAAAAGUGAAAGAAAGUAAUUUAGUAAAAACUGUAUCUUAUAUAAAGUUUGAGCAAGGAACCAAAGUAAAAGAUAACAAUAUUACUGACUGGGAUGCACCGAUCCAAUAUUUGUAUCGGGAAUAGUUCCCGAUGUUGCAGAAAAUUCUAGAUCAGGUAUCGGUGACAAUGGACCGAUCCAUAGCGGCCGAUCUAUUCAGUCCAAUUCUAUGCUGCGCGCUGUGAGUGACGUCAUACGCAAGCAACACGGCGUGCUGAAGCCCGCAAUGUUUUCAAAAUGAAGCGAGCGAAAGGAUAAAUUAUCUGGAACUUUUUUUCACACUACCUCAGCCAACAAACUCGACGACUACUUGCAAUACCGGCGCAGGAAAUGUUCCGAGGGGCGGUCAUUGUUAUGGAUAGGCAACCGCUCUCGGUUGUCGGGAACAAGGGAUUCCGACUGCUAAUUAGCCACCUGGAGCUACGGUUCUUUUCUCUCCGUCCUGUGUUGAAACGGAUCCAACAAAGACAGGACAGCCAGGAAAUCAACAAAACAUGGCUGUGGCCAGGUGUCCGGAUUAUUUUCUGCAUCAUCCAAAUUAUCAGCCGGACAACAUAGACCGGUCCUCCAAUCACAGGCAGGCUGAUCUCAUUGGUCCGACCUUCCAUCAGUCAGUGAAUCGGAGUUCUCCUAACCAUCAAGCAGAAGAUGACGUUGAUCUCGAGGCCCUGGUGAAUGAUAUGAACUCUUCGCUGGAGAGCCUCUACUCCACCUGCAGUGGUCACCAGACAGAGUCCACCCCACUACUACACAAUGGACAGUCCACUGCAUCACACCAUCAUCACCACCAUCCCCAUCAUCAUCCUCACACACAACUUAACCACCAACGGCAGGGUCAGCAUCCGCAUGCGCUGUGUCAAGUCACCUCGGAUCCUUCCUCCUCCUCCGCACUGGCAGACUCACCUCAAACUGGCCUGCGACGGUCACAGCCUAUGCACAUCCUCGCUGUCAGGAGGUUGCAGGAGGAGGAGCAGCAACUGAGGACAUCGUCUCUCCCGGCCAUCCCAAACCCCUUUCCUGAGCUGUGCAGUCCAGCAAGCUCACCCGUCCUCAGUCCUGGGUCCCUUCCUCCUGGAGAGCCCUCCAAUGGCAAAUAUAUCAUCUCAAGCUCUGACAGAUUGGAUGAAACCAUGUGUGAACUGUCAACGUAUCCUCAGAUUGUGAAGAUCUUCAGUGAAGAUGGCAUGGGUAAAGUGGUGGAGAUCCCAGCUGACAUGACAGCCAGGGACCUGUGCCAGCUCCUGGUUUAUAAAAGCCAUUGUGUGGAUGACAACAGUUGGGCACUUGUUGAACACCACCCACUGUUCGGGCUAGAACGCUGUCUAGAAGACCAUGAGCUGGUGGUUCAGGUCCAGGCCUCAAUGAACAGUGACAGUAGAUUCCUCUUCAGGAAGAACUAUGCCAAAUAUGAAUUCUUCAGAAACCCUUUGACGUUUUUCCCAGAGCACAUGGUUGCAUGGUGUCAGGAAACCAAUCGUACGAUUCCACCCUCUCAGCUCCUUCAGAGCUUCCUAGCCACCAGUAGCUGUCCAGAGAUCCAGGGUCACCUGUAUGUGAAAGAGGUCGGACGGAAGUCAUGGAAGAAGGUUUACAUGUUCCUGCGGCGCUCGGGACUCUACUGUUCGACAAAAGGAUCGUCAAAGGAGCCCAGACAUCUACAGUUACUCGCAGACAUAGAAGAAAGCAAUAUCUUCACUGUCGUCACAGGCAAAAAGCACCACAGUGCACCCACAGACUACGGCUUCUGUAUCAAGCCCAACAAAGGUCGAGGGGAGUUAAAGGACUUGAGGAUUUUGUGUGCAGAGGAUGAACAGGCAAGGAUGUGUUGGAUGACUGCCUUCAGACUAUUUAAGUACGGGAUUGUGUUGUACCAGAAUUACAAGAUCCCUCAACAGAGAAAAACCUUAAUUUCACAUUUCUCAGCACCUGUGCGGAGUGUGUCGGAGAACUCCCUUGUAGCGAUGGAUUUCUCAGGGAGGAUAGGCAGAGUGAUCGACAACCCUGUGGAAGCUCAGAGUGCCGCCAUGGAGGAGGGACACGCAUGGAGGAAGAGGAGUCAACGACUGAACGUAUUAGGCUCCCACAGUCCACUGCACCACUCGUCCCUGAGCUCAGUUAUCCACAUAACGCAGCUGUGGUUCCACGGCCGAAUAUCGAGAGAAGAAUCCCACCGCAUUAUCCAUCAGCAAGGAAAUGUAGACGGGCUGUUUCUGCUGAGAGUCAGUCAGAGUAACCCCAAGUCAUUUGUGCUCACAUUGUGCCAUCACCAGAAAAUCAAACAUUUCCAAAUACUACCGUGUGAAGAGGACGGCCAAAGCUUCUUCAGCCUUGACGAUGGCGCCACCAAAUUCACCGACCUGAUUCAGCUGGUGGAGUUCUACCAGCUCAACAGAGGAGUGCUGCCUUGUAAACUCAAACACCCUUGCACCGUCGUGGCCUUAUGACAUCCUCAAAACACCUGACCCCCACUUACCCUCAUCACUUGACUCUGCCUGAAACAAGCAAAACAAAAAGAAUCAUUCAGUCGGAUGGUUCUUCUGUUUUUAUCUUAAUAAGAAGCUGGUGAAUUGACUGAUGGUUUAGUGUUGUUUUAUGUUGUUGUGAGUCUGCCAGAGACUGCUGACUUGUUGGAUUUUUUUUUUUUUUUGCAUGGAUGUUUGAGGAGUCAGAUGUGCAACGCGCUCCUGAGGUUCCGCAGUCGAGACAAGAGAGCGUACAGGAAACGAACACUGCCAUGUGUGUCAGUGCUGUUGCAGAAUCUUCCGCAGUCUUGCUCUAUUCACAGUCAUUAAUAAGCUUCAACUGGACAAUCAGCCGCAUCAUUUUGUGCUUUUGUUAGGACCACUCACUCAAACUUUUCAUCGCACGUCCUCAAAGAAUUUACUGUAGAUGGAGAGUUGAUUGUUUUGCACUCAUCAAACUUGGAGUGGCCUUUGACGGGGGUGUGUGUGUGUGUGUGUGUGUGUGUGUGUGUGUGUGUGUGUGUGUGUGUGUGUGUGUGUGAUCUUGUGUUGUUGAACUGUGAGAUGGUGCCAGCGCCCUCUGGUGUCACAGGCAUGCAAGGACAUGUCCAAACUCAACUUGGAUGAAAUUUGGAGGUGACAGGAAGAAUGGGUGCUUCCGUAUCCGCCUGAGGUUUGGGGGACAUCGGAAGUUUGUAAAGUCAAAAUCCCCUGGUGAAAAAAAGCCUUAGGGAAAAACCUGGACCUAUUAGAACAAAGUGUUUUUUUGCAGUGGACAACACCUAGUCUUUAUUGUUUGCUCACUCGGAAAAUUCAUUUGUUCAUCUCUGACAACACAGGGUUUCAUUUCUUAUUGAUACAUUCAUUGAAGUUUUAUACUGUUAUCAAUAUUAUCUGAAUUUUUUUUUUUUUUUUUGCAUUCUGAUUAUGUGCAACUCUUCAUUAUUUACCUAAGCUACAAGGGGGUCAUUUUGUACUUGUUGUUCUAUUGCACGCUCCAGUUUUCCAAAAAUAUUUACCAGGCUACUUCCACAGAAGCGAGUUGGCAUGAAUCAAACUAUGGUGUCAUUCAGGGUAAAAUAACGAGUAAUAAAGCUUGAACAACUGUAACCAGGUGGACAGAUUUCAAGUGAAGCCAUAUGCAGUAGUUUUAUUUUAUUUUAUUUUUCACUGUAGGUAAUAUCAAGCUACCUGUUGUAUAAGCAUCAGCUUUUUUUUUUUCCUCCUCACCACAGCACAGGAAGGGUAACCACUAAUAUUUCCCUCAGGAGUUUCACCCACUUAACAGUCAGCAAGUCAGAGGAAACCCUUUGCCAAACAAAACUGCUUCAGCACGGAGAUACAGUGGAAACCCGUGGACAAAAACCUGUCCUCGUACCUCACACUUAUUUCAGUAUCUGAUCCGGCAGUCACCGCGGAGCGUGGCUCCACACUGAUGGUAGACGUUGUGCAUUACAUGCAGCAUAAUGCAGCCUUUUAUCUGCCUGUGAGCAAACUGUGUCACAUACACACUGACUGCACACCACCCAGUUAUGGACGUGCUCAUCGACUCUCUCUUCUGUGCUCGUCUCACUCAGAUGAUAUAUUCUAAUACACUGUUAGUGAGAAUACUCAGCAGUGAGGCAGCAAAUGUUAGGUUUCAGACUUAAGACCGUUUCUGUCUUAAUCCAUGUCCCUUCAUUUGACUUUACUAACUUGACUAUAGUUUUUGAAUGAUCAGGGUGUACAGCUCUUACCGAGUUACUAAAUCAGCAACAAAAAUCCCACCCAGCAUAUUAUUUUUAAAUGAUUUCCCCUUUGUGUUUUCUUCAAAAUGAGCUUCUGCAAUCGACUUUUCACUUACUUUUUUUCUUUGAAUAGACAGCGAUGCUUUUUAAGUGUCUCUAGUCGAGCGUGGACCUAAAUGCAGAUCACAUAAAGGGUCAAACUCAGCCAACUCAAAAUCUGGGAAGACUGGAGGUAAAUAAUUCAAAUUCUACUUUGGAUUUCAAGUCGAUGUUUAGUCUGAGCCCGGUCACUAACUCUGUGACUGAAAUUCACUCAGAAACCUUGCCAUUAUUAUCAUGACGUUUUUUUUUUAUCAGUUUGUAUUUUUUAACACACUCCCUUCAAAGUGUUGCUCGUAGUAGCCGUGUUUAAUCUUGCAGCUGUCAGAUGGUUGGAAAUCUGUUUGUGUUUACCAACAUCAGCAGCCGUCUUUUAUUUACCUGCUGCAGGUUGUUAUAAUAAGACAUACUAUAAUAUCUGAUUUGCAGAAUAGCCGCACUAUAUUGACACUUUGCGUGGUCACCAUCUAAGAUGCAAUGACUCAAUCAUAUAUAUAUUUUUUUUUUUUUUUUCUCUAAGUAUUGCUGCAGCAAAAUGUAUUUAUUUAUCUGGAUGUGAUUACUUGAACAUUUUUAGAUUUCUUUAUCUCAGCGCUGUUCUGUACUGUUCUGUUAUCAUUACAUGAAAUGAUUGACCAGUGUGAUUUAUUAUUUUUAUUAUUAUGACCGAGCAUCUUUUUUUGACUUUUUUUUCUUUUUAGUUUUGAUUAUUCACAAAUGUAUUUGUCAUCAUCAACACUUGAUAUGAAGUGAUGUUUUAAAGCACACUGACAUCCAUAGUAUUCACAUUGUCAUUCCGAUAUAUGACGAGAUGAAUGAUGUGAGAUUUAAAAACACAAUAAUGACUUGAGUUUCCCAAAAAAUGAAUCACUAAGAUGUUUUUCAUACUCACCCCUCCCCCCCAAUUUAAAUUCUUCCAUUUUGAAUCUAUAACAAUAAUUUGUUUCAAACCUUUUGUGCUAAGAGGCCUCACAUUUCUCCCAUUAUCAUCACUGUUGUGUGGCGACCCCAGAUAAUAAGUCUAAGAAACAUAGCCACAGAUGUUUUGGUAAACUGGGUCAAGUAAGGCUCAACAUGCUUUCUCCUUGAAGAAAAUAUAGCAAAAAAAAAUGUAGAAAAAAAAGAGAAAAAAAUCCCUUUAGGUUCAAGUUAAAGCCUCUAAAUGAGAAUCUUCAAAAUGCUUAGUUUAGAUAUAUUUGAAGAAAUGCAUAAAACGAUCUCCACACAUAUGUAGGUAACUGUCAUAAUUCUAAACUGGGAACUAACUCAACCAAACCAGAACAACAUUGAUCUCAAAAUAAGUCAAUUUCCCUAGAGAAUCUGUUACGACUCUGGACUCUGGAUUGGAUCACUGAGCAGCAUCCUAGACUAUUAAGAACUCACUGACUCAAUGAUGCCAGUGAUGUUCAAGAACAAAUCCAAGGUGGUAAGUAUUUAAAUUGGUACCAAGUGAUAUACCUCUAACCUUUUAGUUCACAUUGACUCGUUUACCCUCUAAAAUCCCCCAGUGUUGCAUUUGUUUUUAUGGUGGCAGAUGUUAGGCCACAGUGUCAGUGUCACGUUUAGGGUUUGGAUGUUGCAGGAUUUUAGUUUCUCUAAAUGCAAACGGUAAAAGUGUGAACUCAGUGAGUCAGUAUGGACAAAUGAAUCAGGUGAUUUUGGAAAUCCACAACUUUUACACGUAACAGAGAUGAAUGUAAGUGGGUUGCUCAGGGUUGAUAGGGAGCACGUUUUAAAAACUACUGGUCCGUCGGAUAACUUGGACUAUCAUGUACAGGAUGAUAAAAGACUCCUCAAUGUUGUAGUUUCAUUAAGCUGGGGGGAGUUCAUUCUUUUUCCUCCAUUAUGUGCACCACCUAUCUGCUAGUUGUGAUUACUUGAAAUAUCCUGACAACAAAAUUGACUAGAUCCCAAGAGUACAUUUAGUUUAACUGUUUUUAAAAAAAAAAAAAAUAAUAUAUAUAUAUAUAUAUAUAUUAUUGUUAACACUAUUACCUAAAAAAACAACAAAUAAACAAAAAGCCGGAACUACUUACCUGGCUACCUAAUCUGAUUUCCCUAUGUUUUCACUGUGGGCUGAACAACUCUGUCAUUUUCAACUUAAUCUGAUCCAUGCUAAAUCUGUUUUCAGUGUUCACUUGUGAACCACAGCAUCAUUUUCGGUAGCCAGGUCAUUUGUGACCACAGCUGGUGCCUCUGGUGACUUCUGGUUCUUGACAUAAACCUGACCUGUUGUUUGGACUGAAUGACAAACCUUCCCCGUCACACUCGGGGACAAAGUGACUGAGAGCGAAUGCUUGUGUUUUCAGCUGCACUUUCAGUUUGACCUUCCUUUUUUUUUUUUUAUUCUUUUUUUUAAAUGAAAGUGAAUUGGCCCCAAUCCUGCAAAGAUGGUAGGAUUGAUCGACCAUCAUCUUGGCCAUUGUGCAUUUUCAUAACUUUGUCACAAUGCAAGACACCAUAGCAACAAGUGAAUAUACAGACCUAUAUAUAUAUAUAUAUAUAUAUAUAAAUAUGUAUAUAAAAUAUAUAUGUCUGUAUAUGUAAAUGUAUACAUAUAGAAAUAUAAACUAUUACGUCUUUCAGGGAAUGCAAAAAUGAACACAGUAACUUGUCUCUUUUGGGUAAGAGCGAGGGAGCUAUUGUAUUCAUAAUGUGCUUUGCUUCAAUCUGUAAAUAUUUGAAUGGCUUAUAAAUCAUAAUUGUAACCUUUUCAGGUAUUUUUGUACAAAUAAGGGACUGAUAUAUUCUGUUUAUUGUAAUUAGAAUAAAACAUUAAUACAUUGAUAUAACAA